CAAACUCCAGUCUCUCUCUCUUUCAUCCGGGGUCACACUAGAAACCUCAAGUGCUAGGAGGACUUCCUAGGUGAAACCCAAACGUAUUUUCUCAUCGUUUCUCCUUCUUUUCAAGCAAUAUUCUCACAGACAUUGUGCUGGGCAGCCCUGGGAAGACACUUUCCUCAGAAGGCAAGCUCUUGGCUGUGAUAUUAUCAUUAUUGCAGUCAUGGCGCCUAAGAAGAAGAACAUCAAGAAGAGCAAGGUAGAUAUCAAUGAGCUGACCAUCAUAGUGGAAGAUGGGCCCCUCAGCAAACUGAAUGGUUUGAAUGGCCUUUUGGAAGGAGGGAAUGGCUUCAGUUGUGUUUCGACAGAGCUUUCUGAUGCUCUCUACAGUCCCAAUCUUUUGGAAGGAUUGUGCCAAAUGAGGUUGGAAAACUUCCUCUGUGAUUUAGUCAUUGGUACCAAGACCAAGUCUUUUGAUGUCCACAAAGUAGUUAUGGCUUCCUGUAGUGAUUACUUCCAUAAUAUCCUGAAGAAAGAUCCAUCCACUCAAAGAGUAGACCUCAAUGAUGUUUCUCCUUUGGGUCUAGCUACUGUCAUUGCAUAUGCCUACACUGGGAAGCUGACACUCUCGUUGUACACUAUAGGGAGUAUUAUCUCCACAGCCAUUUACUUACAAAUCCACACCCUUGUGAAGAUGUGCAGUGAUUUUUUGAUGCAAGAAAUCAAUGUCGAAAACUACAUGUACAUUGCCAACAUUGCAGAGACAUAUGGACUCAAGACUGCCAAGGAAGCGGCACAGAAAUUCAUCCGAGACAACUUCAUUGAGUUUUCUGAGUCAGAUCAGUUCUUAAAACUUUCUUUUGACCGGAUCAAUGAACUCCUUGCAGAUGAUGACUUGCAGUUGCCUUCUGAACUUGUUGCAUUCCAGAUUGCAAUGAGAUGGCUGGAGUUUGACCAAAAAAGAGCAAAAUAUGCUGCUGAUCUUUUGAACAACAUCCGGUUUGGUACCAUCUCAGCUCAGGACCUAGUGAAUUAUGUGCAGACUACACCAAGAAUGAUGCAAGAUAUGGAUUGCCAUAGACUUUUAGUGGAUGCCAUGAAUUACCAUCUACUUCCAUAUCACCAGAAUACACUACAGUCUAGAAGAACCAGGAUUCGUGGGGGAUUACGAGUCCUGGUCACAGUUGGGGGACGCCCAGCUUUAACAGAGAAAUCCCUUAGCAGAGACAUUUUAUACAGAGAUCCUGACAAUGGAUGGAAGAGGCUUACAGAGAUGCCAGCUAAGAGCUUCAACCAAUGUGUCGCUGUGAUGGAUGGAUUCCUCUAUGUGGCAGGUGGUGAAGACCAGAAUGAUGCCAGGAAUCAGGCUAAGCAUGCAGUCAGCAAUUUCUCCAGAUAUGAUCCUCGUUUCAACACAUGGCUCCAUCUGGCCAAUAUGAAUCAAAAACGCACACAUUUCAGCCUGAACGUGUUCAAUGGCCUCCUUUUUGCAGUCGGCGGUCGCAACUCUGAGGGGUGUCUCUCUUCCGUUGAAUGUUAUGUCCCUACCAUUAACCAGUGGCAAAUGAAAGCUGCAUUGGAAGUGGCUCGCUGUUGCCAUGCCAGUGCAGUCAUAGAUGGCAAGAUCCUGGUCACUGGAGGAUACAUAAAUAAUGCUUAUUCCCGUUCCGUUUGUAUGUACGACCCUGCCAGUGACAGCUGGCAAGACAAGCCCAGCCUGAGCACUCCGAGAGGGUGGCACUGUGCCAUCUCCCUUGGGGAAAAGGUCUAUGUCAUGGGGGGGUCCCAGCUGGGAGGUCGUGGUGAACGUGUUGAUGUGCUGCCGGUUGAGUGUUACAGCCCAUAUUCAGGCCAGUGGAAUUACGUGGCACCUCUUCCAACAGGGGUGAGCACUGCAGGUGCUUCCACCCUCAGUGGGAGGAUUUACUUAGUGGGAGGCUGGAAUGAAAUAGAAAAGAAAUACAAGAAAUGCAUUCAGUGCUUUAACCCUGAUCUUAAUGAAUGGACUGAAGAGGAUGAGUUGCCUGAAGCCACCGUAGGAGUGUCAUGCUGCACCAUUGCCAUGCCCAGCACUAAGACCAGAGAAUCCAGGGCAAGCUCAGUAUCUUCAGUGCCAGUUAGUAUUUAAGGAGUUCAUAAUGUAGGUUUAGUAGGGUUAGAUGUAAACCAUUAUUUAAAAGUUUGCCGUAAUCCCUUUAGGGAGCCACGUGUGUCAAUAUCAAAAGGGAUUAGGAGACCAAUGGGCUAAAUCCAAUGUUGGUCCUACCUAGAGUAGAUCUAUAAGUAUGAAUCGUUGAUCAUUAUUAACUGAAGUCCAUCGUAAUGAUUCUGCUCUAGUUCAGGGGUAGGGAUCACACAGUCCUCCAGACAUUAUUGGACUGUGGCUCCAAGCUUUCCUCACCAUUGCUUAGGCAAGCUAGGGAAGUCUCAUAACAUCUGAAGAAGACUCCAGAAGAAAGCUUCUCAUUUGCAAUUCUUAUUACAUUGGAAAUACAUGGUGUAACCUGAGAGAUAUGAAAUAUUUAAUUUUUUUGAGCACAAAACUGAGCCUUCAAUUUUGCCACCAAACAACAAUGUUGUUUGAUAUCUCAUCUCAUUUCUCUCACAAUCAUUCUCCAGAUUGCAUAGUUUACUUAGAUAAAAUUAUUGAAAUCCUGGCUUUCAACAGGCCAGCAAGUAAAUGAAUUUUGCGAGGGAAGAUGCUACCCAAAUUCUCAUCAAAUACAAUAUAUUUCAAUUCUACUCUUGACAAUUCAAUGCUUUGCAUCCCUACUCAAAAGUUAUUUCCAUUGAGUUGAACAGGGCUCCUUCUAAGUAAGUGUGCAAUCCUGUAGAGUUGUACUCAAAAAUAAGCCCCAUUGAUUUCAGUCGGACUAAUUCCCAGAUAAAUGUGCUCGGUAAAACUGAGAAUUAUAUAUUCACCUAGACUGCAACAGUCAGCAUUCUUCACCUCAGGCUAGGCAGCUUAGGACUGCUGGAAGUUGCAAUUCAACAUCUAGAAAGCUGCAGAAUUUCCAUCACUGAUGUACAAGACUGACAUCUAAUUCAGCAUUUACAAUAAUCUUGAUCAUACCAUGUUAUAUAUUUUUUAAAACCUGAAAAAAUAUUGCAGAAUUUUUCAAAUAUUGCUCCAUUACACCAUUAACAAAAAAGUUUAUACUUUUGAAAAUUAUUGCCCUCUGCUCCAAUACCUCAUAGUAAUAAGCAAGGUGAAAUUUGAAACAUCUUUUGGUCCAAUGAGUAGUUUAAGUUUAAUUAGUUCUGUUUAGGAUAAAUAAAUGGGAAAUUUUGGGAUCCAACAUCUUAAUGUUAAUUUAAUUAAGCAUUAUCACUUGAAUUGCUUAUAUUAUGUAGUGUAGAAGAAGAAUGAAGUAUAAUUAGAUAAGUCUGAGCAGCUUCUUUUUGUUUAUAUACUUGAAUGGCCUGGUCAGUGUUGCUCGGUCAUACUUUAUACCGAUCAUGUAAAAAUUAGAAAUCAUGUCAGCUUAAGGUUAUGCAAGGAAAAAUAGCCCAAUGUGUUUGGAGAUUGUGUUUAUUUAUGAGUAUGCAUGUGGAAGUGCGGAAGAUGAUAAGACAUGAAUUGCUAUGUCUCUGUGCCUACACAAAUGUUCACCAAACUUGAAAUGUCACAGUAGGCAUGGUGCUACAUGUCCUAAUGUGUUUCACAUUAAGGAGAAGUCAGAAAGGAUGCUGUGGUUCAUUGAUGGGCCACAUGUCAAUUACUGCUAGUGGGUCUUCUACUGCCUGGGACUCAUGAAAAAUGUGCUUGAAGAUGUAUCUACUGCAGCACAGUGUUAAUUAAACAAUAGGCAAGAACAUCAUCAAUAGGAAACAACUUUGGGCCACCUCUUCUGUUAUGGUCCACCUCUGUUGUCCGGAGUCCCACUUUUCCCUGGCUAAUGUGAAUGCUCUAAUUACAGAGAAUUAUCUCA